AUGUCACCCUCAGCAGUCUCAGCAGGUGAAGCGAUCCUCAGUCCUGCAUCUCACAUCAAUGGUCACCAAGCCGAUGGCACCACCACACAGCCCAGUCAGCAUCGACCUAUCCAGCCAGUCCAGCCCGGGAGGCCAAAGAGUGGCAUCAAGGUCUUGAUAGUAGGCGCUGGCUUCGGUGGUCUCUGCGCAGCCAUUGAAUGCCACCGACAAGGCCACACCGUGGAGCUAUACGAGUCCUUCAAAGACCUAAAAGUCCUCGGCGACAUCAUCUCCUUUGGUGCAAAUGCAGGACGUAUAUUCCGGCGAUGGUUCACCAGCUCUGGCGACAGGAUCUCGGAUCGCCUGGAUCCACUGGCGAUCAAAUUGCAACAUUAUGGGUUCAACAUCCACAAGUACGACACUGGUGAAAUCGUGAUGAACCAGAAGUCGCCUCCGCCCAAUCCAGAAGCCCCUGUGUUCAAUGGACAUCGAGGCGAGUUUCAUCAGAUCGUGUUCAACUAUGUCAAGGACGACCUCGGGAUUCCGAUUCAUCUUGGUUGCAGGAUACAUAAGUACUUCGAAACCCAAGCCCUCGCUGGUAUCGAGUUAGCCGACGGCACAAGCUGCACAGCCGACGUGGUCAUCGGCGCCGAUGGCGUUAGGAGUAAAGCCCGAGAGCUCGUUCUCGGCUUCGUCGACAAACCCAAGUCUUCCGGAUACGCUGUUUUCCGAGCUUGGUUCACGAAUGGAGAAAUGCUCGCGGACCCAGAGACGCGGCACUUCUGCGAGAACGGCGAUACCUUCAAUGGGUGGAUAGGUCCAGAUGUGCAUUUCCUCUUCUCGACCAUCAAGAAUGGCAGCGAUUGCUGUUGGGUACUCACGCAUAUCGACGACAAAGACAUCGACGAGUCGUGGUCCUUUCCCGGCAAGCUCGAAGACGCCUACAAAGUGUUCGAUGGCUGGGAUCCAAUGUGUAAACGCAUCAUCUCCAAGACUCCUGAAGACAAGUUGGUGGAUUGGAAACUUGUCUAUCGGGAUCCCCUUCCUCGGUGGGUUAGUGAUGGUGGGAGAACGAUGUUACUCGGCGAUUCUGCUCAUCCGUUCUUGCCCACGAGCGCGCAGGGAGCAACUCAGGCGAUGGAAGACGGAGUCACAAUAGCCAUCACUCUUCGUGAAGCCGGCAAGGACAAUAUUGCUGCAGCGACUCGAGCAUUCCAGGAUAUACGAUAUGAUAGGGUCAAGGCUGUGCAGAAGACAGGCGAGACUACGAGGGAUAUGUGGCACAAAGCCGAUUGGGAUAAAGUGAAGACAAAUCCUGACAGUAUCAAAAUGCCCAGGGAGGAAUGGAUCCAUGGCCACGAUGCAGAGGAAUAUGCUGAAAGUGUGGUCAAGGAGACAUUGGCCAAGUUUUCGUGA